UUGCUAAAAUCUUAUAGCAUCUUGCCUUUUGAAACUGCAAGGAAAGUUAAACUCAAUGUUUCAUUUGACUUCGUAUUUUGUUGAUUAAUGAAGUUCUAACUAGCUCAUCCUUCAUUAAAUCUGCCUUACGUUAUGUUGUUACAUUUUGUAGCAUGGAUUUGUCGAAGCAAAUAUCUAUGUAAGGCACUAAAUAAUCACUACUUCUCUAUUUUUACAGUAUUAGCAGUAUCUUUCUCAAGCUCAUUUACUUCUCAGACCACUGACUGCCUCCAGGUGAGAGAGCAAUGUAUAAAUGCUGCCAAUGGAUGUGAAAGUGUCUGGAAUAUAAUUGAAGAUGUUUGCAACAUUUCAGGUAACAGCUGCAAAGCAAAAGGUUCUGUUGUCUGCAAUGAAGCCAUACAGUUCUUAGCUGAUCAGUAUCCAAAAUGUAAAAGCUGUCUCUGCACAAAGAAUGAUUCCUGUAGCAUCAAAAUGUUGCUUGAACAACAAUGUGGCCUUAAGAAAGAACAUUUGGACCCUUCAGCAAAUUCAGAUAUCCAGUUAAACUUCAUGCUGCACACAAAGCACAAAGACAUAAAACACACAGGUGAACGAGAAAAUGACUGCAAUAUUGCAAAGCAAAGCUGUCGCAAUGACCACUACUGCUUUGUGGAGUAUAAGAACUUCCAAAGGGAUGCAAAGGAGAAUAUAGCUUUUGAUGAGGAAGACUAUGAUGAUGAGAGAGAUCAGGACACUGAUGCAGGUUCGGGAUUUAUUAAUGCUGCAUAUCCCAUGUUUUUUCUUUUAGAUAAUAUUAACAUGGAAAUUAAAUUACAGUGGAAUUUAUCUGCUCUUUCCAAACAAGAACACACUGAGAAUGGGACAUGUUUGGAUGUAAACAGGGAAUGUAUUGAAGAUGAAGUGUGUAACAGACAGCUAUCCCUGUACCUUAAAGUUUGCUCAGUGAAUAAAAAGUGCAACAUGAAAGACUGUCAAGCAGCCAUAAGGUUCUUCUAUCAAAAUAUGCCUUUUAAUGUUGCCCAGAUGUUGACAUUCUGUGCCUGUACCCAGCUUGAUAAAUCUUGCCAAAAAGCUAAAGAACUUCUUCAUGGAAAGCCAUGCGCAGUCAACAUAGUGCCCCCUCCUUCAUGUCUAAGCAUAAUUCGCCAGUGCCAAAACAAUGAAUUAUGCAGGAAAAAAUAUGAAAUGUUUUGGUCAAUGUGCUGGAGGCAUGUUACGAGAAGAUGCUAUGAAGAUAAAGCUUGUCUUGAAACAUUAAUCAAGGAUGAUAUGACUUGCUCUGGAAGUGCUGACUGCAGAGCAGCUUACAUUGACAACUGGGGUACCAUGCUUCGGGUAGAGUGUUCCUGUAAUACUGUACCAUUAGCUGAACAGCCUCUAUGCAAACUCUUUCAGCACAUGCUCCAUGGGAAGUCCUGUUUCAAACAGAUUUCAAGUGAAAAGCCACAUUUUCAUUGGAUGCAUACUGAUAGACCAGGGGAAAAGCUUCCCAGGACAAGGUUACAGUCAUCAUUUAAGGGUGAAACAAUCCACAUUAUUGCAUAUACCUCCUGCAUAAUACUAAUCUUGGGAAUUGUCAUGUUGGCUCUACUUAAGACCAGAGCCUGCAGAACAACAUAUCAGUCAAGACAUACGUCUCCUGACCAUUCAUCUGAGACUUUUGGGAUCCAUUAGCAGGCAUUAGAGAAUCAACUGCAUUGGUAGCCCUUUUAAGACUACCUUUGGUGAAGCACCUACUGUACAUUUACAAUAAUAAAAUGUAUUUUACAACAUCUAGCAAGCUAUGGGAUUCCAUGUCUGAAAGUAUGAAUGAUUUUAUAUUGAAUUACAUAUGUACAACAUUUAACAAAUAUACAAAUGUUAAAACUGAGCACUCCCUCUUUCUCACCUGUGUCAUUGC